CAUUGGUCGAAUUCAAACAGGACCGCGGUUUAAGUUGCAUGACAGCAUACGGAAUGUUUGGGAUUUUUUUCUGAUCAGACCUUCGCUUUGCCACAAUGGACACUUGUCAGAAUACAACCGUGGAGAGGUUGGAGUCGGAAGAUGUUGCUGAUUUGAAGAAAGACUUACUCUCUGAGUUUUCAGACAUGUCUGACGUCCAGAACUCUAGGAUUGUAGAAAAAGAACAUUUGAAGGUCUAUCUUCGAAUAAGACCGUUCACCUCUUUGGAGACAGAAAAUGGCGAGUCUCAGGGCUGUGUGGCUAUAGAACCCCCUGAUACUGUCCUUUUGAAGGCACCAAGGAUGUCAGUAUCAGCUCGCCUGAGUGACAAAUCGGCAUCACAGACGGUACAGCGGUUCCAGUUUUCACAGGUUCAUGGUCCUGAAACCACACAGAAGGAGAUGUUUGAUGGAUCAGUGAGCCCUCUUGUCAAGGAUGUUCUAGAAGGAAAGAAUUCUUUGGUCUUCACAUAUGGUGUCACCAAUGCAGGAAAGACUUACACAUUUUUAGGCCCGGAAACGAAUGCAGGAAUUCUGCCACGGUCUCUGAAUGUAAUCUUUAGCAGUAUCGAGGGCCACACCUACACCCAGAUGAAUCUGAAGCCUCAAAGGUGCCGAGAGUUUGUCAGACUUACAGCAAACCAACAAAAUGAAGAGGCCGCCGUGAAACGCAGCCUCUUUAAACUCCUCAAAGAGUCUGAUCAGAGGAACACAAGCAGCCAGUCAAACUCUAGGAUAACAUCAGAAGGUUCCACGCUGAGUGACCCGGAUGGCUCUCUGAUGGAGGACCGUGUCAGUUUGGAACUGGAGGAGCACACCAAGUUCUCAGUCUGGGUGUCCUUCUGUGAGAUCUACAAUGAGAACAUCCACGACCUGCUGGAGCCUCUUCCGACUGGAGCCACAAGGAGAUCCACACUCAGGCUCUCCCAGGAUGUCAAGGGAAACUUAUUUGUCAAAGAUCUGCGGUGGGUCCAGGUAAACAGUGCUGAAGAGGCAUACAAAGUCAUGAAACUGGGCAAGAAGAACCAGAGCUUCUCUAGUACCAAACUCAACCAGCUGUCAAGCAGAAGCCAUAGCAUCUUUUCCAUCCGGGUCAUGAGGAUUGAGGAUGUUGGGCUUCCUAGAGUCAAAACAGUCAGUGAGCUGUCCUUGUGCGAUCUGGCUGGCUCUGAACGGUGUGCCAAGACUCAGAAUGUCGGUGAUCGCUUAAAGGAGGCAGGAAAUAUCAACACGUCGCUGCUCACUCUGGGCAAAUGUAUCAAUAUACUUCGGCACAACCAGCAUGUUAAGGUGCCCCAGCAUGUGCCCUUUCGAGAGAGCAAACUCACACACUACCUGCAGAGCUACUUCCUGGGACGGGGCAAAACCUGCAUGAUUGUGAACGUCAAUCAGUGUGCCUCCAUGUACGACGAGACACUCAACGUGCUCAAGUUCUCCGCUGUUGCACAGAAGGUGGUGGUGGUCCUGAACACCAAGCCAGUCCCAGUGAUGGAGGUUGUGAAGAAGGGGGAGAGGAAGCUGUCUAUGAUCAUUAACAACGCUGAACUCAGAAACCAGGAGAGGAAGCUGAGGAGGAGUUCACUGGUGCAGUGGGACACGAGCCUGGAAGACGUACAGGAGGAUGAGGACAUGGAGGAAGAGGAGGAAGAGGAAGAUGAAAGCACGGUGGAGGACACCAUCCAUGACCGGGAGGACGACUCGCUGACCGAUCUCAUCGACAGAGAAGCAUAUGAAGAGCAGCUGACACUUGUUGAGGAGCUGAAGGAAGAGCUGCAGAAGGUGAAGUCUGGCAACCUGCUGAUGGAGUGCCGUAUCCGUGAGGAGGUCACCAACGAUUUCUCUGAGCUUUUCACCCAAAUGGAGGCAGACUUCAGUGAGCGGCUGGUGAAAGAGAAGGCCAUAAUGGAGGAGAGGAGUGAGAGGCGUCUGGAGCUGCUGAAGGACUUGGUGAAGAAGAGCUCCCGUCAUGGUGAAGAUGAGGAAGGCUCUCAGUCACAUGAUGAACAGUCCCUGUGUCUUGACGAGGUGAUCGACUCCAUGUGCAGCGAUGUGGACAGCAUCAGGAAAUCUGCCGAGGCGGCUCAGUCCUGCUUAGUGACCCACUCUGCCCCCGCCCCCAUGGCCAUGCUGAGUGACCUUCAGAGGAAGGUCACCGAGCUCACCGAGGAGCUCAUCCAGAGCCAGAACCUCCUCUCCAAGAAAACCUCAGAACUGGACAAAUACCAAAAGCAAUCGAAGGAGGAGCUUGAGGAGACUAAAAAAAUGUUGCAGUCUCGGGAGGUGCGCUGUGAGGAGCUGGUGGUCAUGUGCCAGCAGAAGGACCAGAUGGUCCGCAAACUGCAGACCACCAUGGACAAGCAAACUGAGGCCACCACUAAGGAUAGAGCGCUGAUUGACUCCAUCAGAAGAGAGAUAUUGGAGCUCAAAGCCAAAUGCACCUGUCCAGGUGCGAGAGGGCGGAGCUCUCAGGCUGAGACCAGGAAGCGGCGGCAACAGGCGGAGGGGCUUGACGGACAGCCCCCUCUAAAGAAAGGUGCUGGGGAGGACUGUGAUGGCCCUGAACACUCUGACCCUGCAGAGGUCAAAGGUCAGCUUGAGGUCAUGCCAUCAGAGUCUCUAGUGAAGGAGUUGGAGCAGAAGUGCCAGUCUUUGGAGUACCGUCUGCAAGAACUCGCCUUCCAGCUGACGGAGCGGGAGGGUGCCCACAAUGACCUCCUGAGGGAGAAGGAAGGACAGCUCAGAACACUAGCUGACCUGGAAGUGGAGGUCAGCACGACCAAGGCACAGCUGGUGGCAACUCGAGCGCAGGAUGCAGAGGAAAUCGAGAGGGUUCACGAAGAACUGAACAAUGCUAAAACACAAAUGGCCGUUCAAGAAGGCGAGCUCGGCCAGCUGAGGGAGCAACUCAAGCAGCAGGAAGUGAUGUCAGAGCAGAACAAGUGCGAUUCUGACCCUCGGGUACAACUGGCCAGCAUGAUGGCAGACAGCCCUGCCCUGGAGGAGAAUGUCAACCAGAGGCAGGAGAUGGAUGAUAAGCAGGCUUCACUCUCUGCCAAGGACAUGGAGCUUUGUCAGAGAGAGAAGGAGCUAUCAGAGAGGGAGGCUGAGCUCAAAGUCCUUCAAGAGCAAUGCCAUGCGCUGCGUCAUGACACCGAAGCAGAGCUGAAGAAGAAGCUGGGUGGAAGGGAAGAGGAGCUCGGCCUCAGAGAAGCCACGCUGUCUCUACAAGAGCAGGAGCUGGAGAAGAAACUAGCCAACAUGGAGACCCAUCUGUCUGAGAAAAAUGCCACGAAGGGUGUGGAGCUCUCCCAGAGAGAGGAGGCGCUAGAGAGGAGGCUCACACACAAAGAGGCGGAGCUGAGUCAGAAGGAGGAGGAGCUAGAGAAGAAACUGGCUGACAAAGAGGCAGAGCUGUCACUCAAAGAGGCGCAGCUGGAGGAGAGGGUGGCCCUCAGAGAGGCGGAGUUAUUGCAGAAGGAGGAGGAGCUGCGCAGGCAAGCCAAGGAAGCGGAAUCAUCCAAGGAAGCAGAGGAGCUACAGAAGGCUAUAGCAGACCGCGAGGCUGUAGUCGCACAUAACGAGGCAGAGUCGUCCCAGAAGGAGGAGUUGGAGAAGAGGCUGGCAGGCAGGGAAGGGGAACUGGCCAGUAGGGAGGCGGCGCUAUCUCAGAAGGAGGAGGAGCUGUCUCGGCUGCAGAGGACACUGAAGGAGGCGCAGGAGCGCGCGGAGGAGGCCGAGACCGCCGCGGUACAGGAGGCUCGCCGCAGGGAGGUGGAGAGGAGGAGAGAGCUGCUGGCCGUGGCGGAGGAGGCCAUCGCCCUGAAAGAUGCUGACCUGCAGAAACAAGCCCAGGAGAUCAACAGGUUAAAGGAGGAGCAGAAGGCGGGCACAGAUAAGGUUCAGAACCUGACUUUGGAUCUGCAGAGACGAGAAGACGACUCAUCCGACCUGAAGGAGAAACUGGUUGACUCCAAGAAACAGAUUCAACAGGUCCAGAAAGAGAUCGCCUCAAUGCGGGAUAUGGAGAAGUCUCUGAGGCAGAAGGUCCAGGAUCUGGAGAAGACCAGAGCUCAGCUCCAGAACGAACUCGGCAACAGAGAGCGCACCAUACAGCUGCUGAAGACUGAGCAGACAGCAGGCUCUAAAUCAGAUGAAACCCUCCAGCUGUACCAGAAAGCCUGCAAAGAUCUGCAGGCCCGUGAGCAGGUGAUGGAGGACAUGCGUCUGGUGCUUACGGAGCAGGAGGAGACUCAGAACCAGAUGGACCUGGAGCUGGAGGCCCAGCAGGAGCUCAACCAGCAGCUCACUCAAGAGGUGGAGAAGCUGAAGGCUCUGCUCCUGAGGCAGGACAGCAGGAGGGACGCUGGCCCAACGGGAGAGGUGGACACUCAGGCCAGAGAGGAGCUGGCGAAGGCUCAGGACAACCUGAAGCAUUCCAGUGAGAAGUACCAGGCGGAACGUAAAAAGUGGCUGGAUGAGAAGAUGGUUCUGAUCCGUCAGGCCAAAGAGUCGGAGGAGAGGAGGAACCAGGAGAUGAGGCGCUUCGCAGACGAGCGUGAGCGACACGCCCGGCAGCAGACCCAGAUGGAGGGCUUGUCGGACCGUCUGAGGGAGCAGGACCAUGAGAUGGAGCGUUGGCGCAAGGAGAGGGACACUCUUGUGUCAGCGCUUGAGGUGCAGCUUACGAAACUAAUUUCCUCAAACAUGGAGAAGGACCAGCAGCUGCAGAAGCUCCGUUGCAGUAAUGUCUCUCAACCACUAGAGGGUGAGGUACACAUUGAGCAGCUGCAGAAGCUCCUAUCUGACAGAGAGGCAGAGAUCCUGCUCCUGAAGGAACAGCUCAGGACCAGCACCCAGCCCGGCCCCUCAAAACCAGCCCAAAGUCCACAGGGGGGCUCCUCAACACAGAAUACCCCAGUGGAGGAGCCAACAAAGGUGUCGGACAUUUCAUUUGACAACCCCCUGGAGACCAGCACUCUGAAACACACAGAGAGGACCAGAGAAUCUGUCAUCAGCCAGUCUGUCCUGCAGGGUUCGUCAGGGGGCUACCCGUCCGUGCUGGAGUCGUCUCAGAUCUCCACGGAGACAGGGCGGCGUUCCCGUUUCCCGCGGCCCGAACUCGAGAUCUCCUUCAGCCCGCUGCAGCCCCACCGUCUGGCUCUCAAGCGGCAGGGAGACGAGGAGGCUGUCACCUACAAGAUCACACGCUCCGCCCGUAAGAGGAAAAGCGGGGACAUGGAGAAGGAAGUGGACAGUGAAAACAAGAGGAACGUGAGGUCCAGGGCUACUCCCAAACUGGCAGCGCACCAUGAGGAGCAGUCUCCUGCCGCGGGCAGUAAAACCUCCCAUAGUUCUCAGUCCAGCCUCCGAAGCGGAAAAGAGGGCAAGCUCCAGAAGAUCGGCGACUUCCUGCAGAGCUCACCCACCUUCCUGGGUAGUAAAGCUAAGAAGAUCAUGGGGCUAAUGAGUGGGAGGUCCGAUGUGGACGGAGGCUCCUCGUCCAAGCGGCCUAAAAAGAAGCUCUAUUAUCCAGAGAUCUCCGCGCCCAUGGAAAUAUCUGCCCAGCAGAUCAUUGGCCGAGAGACGGAGGAGAAGGAGAGUGACCACCUCAUCAUAAAGAGACGGCUGCGUUCCCGCAUGGGGAAGUGAAGCCCUCCCAAAGGGAAGCCUGUCAAUACUGUUUUGUUGUGGUCUGUCAAACCGCAUUAGUCCACCACUUGCACCGGGAUUGCAUUUUUUUUUAACACUUUUAUAAAGAAAGAAAAAAACUUGCACUUUUCUUUUUUUUUAUUUUACUGUACACAGUGUUUUUAUAGAAAGCCUUACGGUAUUUGUAUUGUUAUUGUGUGUCAUUGUUAUAUAUUGCACAAAUUGUGAUUAUUUAGCAAAGUCAAAUGCAGUCAUUUAAAAUGAUGGACAAACAGACUAUAGUGUAUUCUACAAAUCAUACAUGUGUAUAGACCAUGGUGAAGGAAAAGUAUAUCUGUUCAUGUAAACAUGUAAAUACUAACAUCUCUUAAGGCUUUUUCACCACUUGUGUGACAGUUUCACAAAAUGGAAAGCCACUCAUUUGUAUUUGCACCGUAAUUAGAACUCCCUAUACUAACAUAACCUCUUUCAAACAAUCCAGUGCCUUCCUGUGGUUUGUUAGAGACCUUGUUUUGGAUAAAAGUACUUUGAGCAAAAGUAGUGAAUUGUUCUUUUCCACUGCGAUAUUCAAACCACACUGCUGUCAGUCACUAAAACAAACACUAGUGCUUCGAAAGCAACGUUAUUUCAUGGUUUGUAGUUCUGGAUCAUGUCAUCACCGAGUACUCCCCAUACACCUAGUUUGCCCUGCAAUGCUACCUAGGAAAGGACCUUACCAAGCUAUGCCUGGCCCCAGGUACUGAAACCCAGGCGCAGGGGUCUUUGCAGAUUAAACCCACUUCUCAAAGGCUUGUUGGAGAAGCUGGCAAUGGGACCAGAGGGUUGCAUAUGCACACUGCUCCACUGCAAUGGCCAUCUGCUCAGUCGCUGGAGCACAGCAAAUCGGUCUCUAGGGCAACAUGAACUUGUGCAGCCGCAACUGAUGGGGAGAGGCAAUCCCUUCUCAUGCAGUAGCUCCCUGUAUUAUUCCCAUCAGGAAUGCAAGAAAACAACACCUCCAGAACGCUCUGUGCUAAGCAUGUCCUUUCCCAUACUUGCAUUGUGGGGUCUUCUUAUGAGGAGGGCAUCAAUAAUUGACGUCAAUGACUUUUUAAACAAUGUUUUGUUAUUGUGUGGUUAUGUUAGCGUUCAUCUCCGAAGUCACAAUAAACGAAACUAU